GCGUAUCGAUCUCAGCUAUGGCAAAAUUGAGUCGUCUGCAGACGCGUUAGUUAGCGAUGGCUUUCUUUAAUUUGACACGUCUGGGAUUGCAAGACCCAAUUAAAGCCGCUGUAACUAGACCAGGAACGACACCAGCACCUAGUGACCACCCAGGUACAGCAAAAUCCACCAGUGGAACACAAAGAACUACGCUUAGCGAGCCGGUUUACCCGAACUCGGAAGCGAACGGAUCUUACGUCAAGUACACUGAACGCGUACACAAACACAUCCGACCAAAACUUGGACCAAAUGAAAUUUACCAUACUCAAGUAACAACAAAUAUAAACUAUAGCUACUGGAUGAAAGAUGGAGUACAGCAUGAAACAUGGACACAGAAUGAACAUCACCCUCGAGUAAAUAGUGAAAUGACAAGGUUCGUUGAUGAGAUGACGCUUACAAACAGAGAGUUUACUUUAUUUUAAAUAUUCCACAAGCAAGACAGCAAGAGCAAACUCACCUAAUGUAAUAACUUUUAAACAUAUUCUGUAUUUUUUUAUUUCACUUACUUAUAUUAGUUGCUAGAAGUUUUCUAACACUUGUAAAGCCACAUUAUUUUGUCUUAAAACCAACAAUUUGUUCAACACUGGGUAUUAAAGAAUAUUAACACACAAAUUUAAACUUGAGUAGCAAACAAUGUUUUUUAAACUAAAAUAACACCACAGUUUUCAAAAUGGAACAUAAAUUGUAGAAAAUUUCCCAAGGGUAUGCAAGUUUUAAUAAAAUAAUAUUGAUUGUCAAUAAAGCGUUUGUAAACUGAAUGCAAUUCUCUCCUUGUGUAUUGUGGAACAAUAUUAAUCAAAAGGACUACCUGGUGUCAAGCAAUUUAUGUUAAAUUUUGCUCGAAUUUAUCUCCAUAAUUUUCCUACUGUCUUUUUGUGUACUUGAUGAAUAUACUGUAACAAUAGUUAUUUCUGUCUUUCCUCCAUCCCACAAUAAUAUCACUCCUCAUGCUGAAUGCCUGAGCUUUGUUUACUUUCACGGAACAAUAACAAAACGUGGCAGUAGUAAACAAUAUUAAAUUUAUAUCAUAAAA